GAUCUGUGAGCUGGUGAACAAGCAGUGUGCGCGCAUGGAGGCCGAAGAUAUAAUAUGGAAGGCCGACAUUUACUGCGCUGCUGAGAUCGACGGGGUUUGGGAGAGAGGACAGAUCUGCUCCGACGUCGAGUCAGACAACAUCGCAGAGGUUCUGCGCUGUGACCAUGGCAACAAGGUGAAGAUCCACAUCAGCGACCUGCGGCCCCUCCGUCCCUCACUGACGGGUGCCCUGGCACUGGAGUGUUCUCUCACUGACAUCAGGCCGGCAGGAGGCAGAACCACCUGGACGGCUACAGCCUGCGACCUGAUCUCCUUCCACCUGGCUGGAGCCUCGGCUAUGGUCAACAUCAAG